AUGCAUAAAGCUAAUGAACAAAGAAAGCAAAAAUAUAAAUGGUUAUAUGAAAAAGAGCAAUUAUCCAUUGAAAACAAUAGUAAUGAUAGCAUAAAGUUGAUAGAAGGAUCAAAUCAAGAGAAACCUGCUGAAAUUUCUACUUGGAAAUAUAAAGUUCGUAAUUCAUUAAUGUUUUAUCCAGAAGGUCAUCAAACUCAAAAUAUCGAAGACCAUUCAAGAGCACCUCCAAAAAAAAUUGUUCAUGAUGCGACAAGAUUCGAAUCUGCUGAAGAAAUGGUAUUUAUUUUAUUUUCCUUUUGA